CUUUCUCUUCUCUCAUUUAAUAAUUUUGCUGCUUCUUCUUCUUCUUCUUCGUCUACGUCCUGGGUCUCAAUUCUGCGACAGGACCAGAACUCGACCAAACCCCACAGAAUAUUAAACAACGAGCGGGCAGGAGGUUCGGCAAAAAGAUAAUCAGAAAGCAGUUGUUAGCAUCUGUUUUUGUUUAUUCCCAGACCGAAAAACGAGCCCCCAACAGAACCCCAUCACUGUACCUUACUCUCUACGCCAGCACAGGAGCACCAGAACCCGAAAGCCCCAUCUCACCAGCCUUCGACGCUCUCCCUUCAUCAUCAUCUUCUUCUUCGCCUUCUUCAUCAAGAUCUCCGAUUUCUUCUUUGGUGUUUUCACAGGCUAUUAAAUGAGAUAUGGUGGAGCUCAAGAGACCACCCACCAACAGCAGGGGCUUCUACGUGAGGAUGAGGUUCUUGCACAGCAACGGCAAGCACAAUCAGAGGCAAGCCCAAGACAAGAGCUUCUUCCGUAAAUACUACAAAUGGGUCCUCUGGCUCUCUCUCUCCUUCUACUUCUUUAGUUCUUACCUCCUCAGCCAAAGCCCCAAGCAGAGGCUUAACCCUCUCCACACCACGAGCUUUGCCGGCUCCGGGUCGACUCACUCCUCUCGCGCGCUCUUCGAGUCAUCCUUGUCGCUUAGUAAUAGUAGCUCCACACGCUCGCAAGAACCCAAGAUCGACCAAGAGUUGAGGGGCUUGAAGAUAUACGUCUACGAAUUGCCGCCGAAGUACAACUCCGAAUGGCUAUCGAACGAGCGAUGCAGGACUCACUUGUUCGCGUCGGAGGUGGCGAUCCACAGGGCUCUGUUGACCAGCGACGUGCGGACGCUCGACCCUCAGGAAGCUGACUUCUUCUUCGUCCCCGUGUACGUGUCCUGCAACUUCAGCACCACCAAUGGCUUCCCGGCCAUCGGCCACGCGAGGUCGCUGCUGCUCUCCGCCGUGCAGCUAAUUUCGUCGGAGCACCCGUUUUGGAACCGGAGCUCCGGGUCUGAUCACGUCUUCGUCGCUUCUCACGAUUAUGGGGCUUGCUUCCACGCCAUGGAGGAUCGAGCUAUCGCAGAUGGGGUGCCAGAAUUCUUGAAGAAGUCCAUCAUACUGCAGACGUUCGGGGUCAACUACGACCACCCGUGUCAGGACGUCGAGCAUGUGGUGAUUCCGCCCUAUAUUCCGCCGGAAAGCUUACGGAGGACCCUGGAGGCGUCGCCGGAGAACGGCGGUCGGGACAUCUGGGCCUUCUUCAGGGGCAAAAUGGAAGUCCACCCCAAGAACAUCAGCGGUCGCUUUUACAGCAAGGCGGUGAGAUCGGUUAUCUGGCACAAGUACGGGGGUGACCGGCGGUUCUACCUGAGGCGGCAUAGGUUCGCCGGAUACCAGUCGGAGAUCGUGCGGUCCAUAUUCUGCCUGUGCCCGCUCGGGUGGGCCCCCUGGAGCCCGAGGCUGGUGGAGUCCGUGGUGCUGGGCUGCGUCCCCGUCGUCAUCGCCGACGGCAUCCGCCUGCCCUUCCCGGACGCCGUGCCGUGGCCGGAGAUAUCGCUCACGGUGGCGGAGCGGGACGCGGUGAGGCUCGGGGCGAUCCUGGACCGCGUGGCGGCGACCAACCUGAGCGCCAUACAGAGAAAGAUUUGGAGCCCGGAGGUGCGGCGGGCCCUGCUGUUCAACGACUGCGUCGAGUACGGCGACGCCACGUGGCAAGUCCUUCGGUCCCUGGCCAAGAAGCUGGACCGCUCGCACAGGAGGAGCAGGGUUUAUAGCCAAUGAGGAGCGCAAAGCUUAAGCCGCUGUUCGUGGGCGCCAGCUAGGCAUCGGGUUGUUGUCCGACGUGGAUGAUAUUCUCUCGAGGGACGAGGAGGACAAUAAUGCGAGACAGCUGGGCAGCUCUUGCAUUAUGCAGAGAGGCAGGGAGUGGGGCCCGGAAGUCAAUUUUAGUACGAAGGAAAAUGGCGGGGGUGGGCCCCACUUGUCUUUAAAAAAUCGGGCGGAGUACAAGAUUUUUGGAUAUAUAAUUUUUUUUUUGU